UCAUGGGUGACAUUAAGGCAGUAUUAAAUGGCUGUGAGGACUACUGGACCUUGCAGGACAGAGCCGCUAUGCCGCUACUCUUUAAGAUGACGGUGUGUGUCGACAUCCGUGUGGUCGUCCCCGGAGCCUGGGUGGCCUUCUCCUACAGUUCAAUCUACACACCCAGACCCGAGCUGGGUCUGGAGGGAGAUGAUGAGGCGUUGUAUGGGUGGCUGCUAAGGGUCCGACACCGAUUUCCAAUCCGGCUUUCCUCAACACAAUGGCAUAGAGUGUGUCUGAGGAGGGACGUACUGCGCAACUCCUUUAGCCUGGAGGUUGAUGGGAAAAUGGUGGCAGAGAGGACGGUCAUCGCUCAGGCCAUUCCCCCCUCCGGCUCCCUCUGGCUGGGCUGCCGUCCAAGGGACCAACCCCCGGGAGCCAUGCAAGGAGAAAUUGAGCUGUACCUGUUCCGCAUGUGGCCGGACCUUGGUGACCAUGGCCUCUGCGAGGACGGCACUGUGAUUGGCUGGAACUCCCAGUACUGGGGUGUGACCAGUGCCAAGGCCACACAGAGAGACCCCAGACUUAUGUGUGGUGAGACAGACAUGCAUAAACUCAUCUUUACCUAA